AAUAUAAACCAUACUUCAAGAUGAAAUUUGUGUCGCUGCUGUUGUGUGUGACGUUUGCAAUGGCUGAGAGAGGCGGAAUUUUAAUGCCAGAUGGGAACAUCCUUCAUUUCGAGUCGGUCAAAAAUCUGGAGGACAACACGGAAAUUCUUACGUUUGGCGCCAGGAAUAUACCUGGUCAUUUGAAUGGAAUCAAGUUACAUGACUUCAAUACCGGGUAUAUUGCAUCCAAACUAGUUGACCAUGGUAUAUGCCUUAUCUCUGCGAUAAAACACUGGAAACCAACAUAUAUUAAUCAGAGGCUUGUGAAAUACCCACCUAUAGUAAACCAAACGAUUACUCCAAUGCCAAUGACGAGGUCAGAAAUAGUCGCAACUGCCGGAGCGAAAAUUGCAUCCUUCUGUGAUGAUUAUGUACCACAUAUGUUGCUGGAGUCCCACGGACAACAAUCUACACAUCGAAGGGCAGUACAUGAUCCAAGGCCAGAACCUACUGACGACUGCAAGUGUCAAGUUAAUGCCAUGUUGUGGAGUAUGUUGGAUCAACAGUCUUCGUAUGAAGAAUUCUAUAUCGGAUAAGCAUGACAAUCGUAGUUGUACUGUGAAGAAAUUUUUUUAUUUGAUAUGGA